CCAGCGCCAACCCCCGGAGACUCAGAGCACAUCCGGUUUCAGCAGAGCGGGGAGGCUCCGGAGAGGUGGGCUGAGAAGCGGAGGCUGUGCUGAACAGACUUUGGAGCCAUGAAUAUAUUUGAUCGGAAGAUCAACUUUGAUGCCCUCUUAAAAUUUUCCCACAUAACUCCCUCGACACAGCAGCACCUGAAGAAGGUCUAUGCCAGUUUUGCACUAUGUAUGUUUGUGGCGGCGGCGGGGGCCUAUGUCCAUGUGGUCACACGCUUCAUCCAGGCUGGCCUCCUCUCUGCCCUGGGCUCCUUGGCCUUGAUGAUCUGGCUGAUGGCAACACCUCACAGCCAUGAGACCGAGCAGAAACGGUUGGGACUUCUCGCUGGCUUCGCCUUCCUUACAGGAGUUGGCCUGGGACCUGCUCUGGAGCUGUGCAUUGCUGUCAACCCCAGCAUCCUCCCCACGGCCUUCAUGGGCACGGCCAUGAUCUUCACCUGCUUCAGCCUGAGCGCCCUCUAUGCCAGGCGCCGGAGCUACCUGUUUUUGGGAGGUGUCUUGAUGUCAGCCAUGAGCCUCAUGUUCUUGUCCUCUCUGGGGAACCUUUUCUUUGGAUCCAUUUGGCUGUUCCAGGCACACCUGUACAUGGGGCUGCUGAUCAUGUGCGGCUUCGUGCUCUUCGAUACUCAGCUCAUUAUUGAGAAGGCUGAGAGCGGAGAUAAGGAUUACAUCUGGCACUGCGUUGACCUCUUCCUGGACUUCGUUACACUCUUCAGGAAGCUCAUGCUGAUCCUGGCCUUCAAUGAGAAGGACAAGAAGAAAGAAAAGAAGUGAGCUGGCCGCCAGCCUUCCCCGCCUUCCCCGCCUUCUCUCCCUCCGCCCCAUUUCUUUGCACACAUCACAGGUGUCGUGUUCUAUGAUAAUGAAAAGCAUCAGGAAAGCUUUUGUACUUUGUGGUUUUCUCUACUUUGAAUUUUUUGAUCAAAAAACUGAUUAGUGAAUCUAGUUUGGAGUUUGGCUUCGUACCCUGGGGUUCUCCCCCUCUUCUGUCAGGCCCACCACAGCCGCUUGCUCUGCUCCGGCAGCCAGUGCACCAGGAGAAGUGAGAGCAGAAGUCUGCGCCCUGCCGCGCUUCCACACACGGACCCUGCACUGCUGACUGUACCCUCUUGGGCCUGUGGUUCUGUUCUCACAGUUCCAGGGGGACUGGGCAGCGUGUUUGCCCUGGGAAGGAGCUGCCAGGCCCGCCACAGAGUGGACUGUGGUGGGUGCGUCCUUCCUCUGCUGCGUAAUUCCGUCUGGCACGUGCCCUUUUCUCCGCCUCGCCAUGAUGAAGGGACGUGGAUUUGUGAGUGCUCUUUUCCACUCCUGAGCAGCCCUCCCUCAGGGAACCUACCUGCUUUCCAUCUGUGGGGUGGGAAGGCUUGAGUACCAGGGAGGAACAGGAAGUGGUCUGAGUGUGUGGCAAGAUGGAGACAAUCCCAAGGUUCCCUAGUGUAUUCUUCGUUGGUUUUUAAAAUUAUCAACCUUUGUUACUGACUGGUCUCCUAGGUGGCUGUGGUUAAGUCUUGGGGGAGGAUGAGAAAGGAGACUGGCUGGGCCUCAGGGCUAAUCGCACUGAGUCCUGCCAGAGAGCGCAGGUAAGGGCUGCCGCCCGGUGACCGUGCGUGUGUUGGGGCGGGGCUCUGUGAGGGGGCUCAUGACUCAGAAGCUCCUCAGUGCGUUUUUUUUUCUGCCUUCCUGGACACGAUCUGGGAGUCAGGACAGAGCUGUGAGGCAACAGGUAGCAGUUGCUAACAGAUGCACUUUAGUUACUUGGUUUGUUCACCUGUUUCCAGAAUUUUUUGGUCUUUUGGGCAGAAGCCUAUUGACAAACUGUGGGCCACCACAGACUGUACAGAAAGGUGGCACCAGAGUGGCCGUGGCCAUUACAGUAGGAUGGCGGUUUGGGCUCUGCUCACAGCCAGUGCAGUCGACACAGUGGCUGCUGGUCGCUGCCCAUGAAACUGCUCUGGAUGGGGCACUAAGGGGCGGUGGCAGCUGCCCUGAAUACACCACUGCGGGGCCUCAGGGCCUGACUGAGUUCCACCUCUUGAAGCCAGACUCCACCUCUUGUGCUUAUUUGCUUGGGAAAAAGGAGUUUUUCUUUAGAAACAGUGCCAAGAAUGAUAAAGAUAUAAAACUACUUUUAAAUAAGACGCCUCACAGGCUUUUAACACAGGUGUCCUCGCCAUCUCCACUCUGUCCCUGUUCUUUGUUCCAGCUCAGGCUGCGUUCUCUAACUCAUACUGUGAAGACAACUGUGUUUUUGAUUAAAAAAAAUAUAUCUACAUAGUCUUAAUUUGUAAAAAAUAAAGAAAAUUCCUUAACCUUU